GUCGCGCAUUAUUAAUGUUAAUAGUCACUUGUUUGUUUUCUCUUUCAGCCGUUUGUCUGCAGUCUGCACUCUUUACGCCAUAUUGCAGUGUGUUUUAAUAUAUUACUGACCGUGAAAUAAAGUACAGUUUGUGUUUCAGGAUUUUGUGUUAAUAUUGUGUAUUUUAACUUUGUUAUAUUAUUUAUUAUCUACUAUUGUAAUGAUGGAAUUUGUUAUCGUUUUGAUAUUUUGUGUGGUUCUUGUGAUUGCUGUAAUGGUAAUUGGUUCCGGGAUGGGGAAAGCUACUUCUUCGCAGCGUCAGAUGGACAUCAUUAACGUCGCUCAGAACUUAUAUGUUUUAAUUAGGAAAGGCGACUUGAAGAAAUGUGACGUUACGCAGACGACCGCGUUUUUUCUCAACAUCGCAAAGUCAACUGUUCUCAAGUAAGUAGGCUUUUUUCGUUUUCAUGCACGUAAAAAAAAUAUCGACUGUGUCCUAAGUAUUGUCGGCCUGUGUUUUAACUCACGAGGUUUUUUGUGUUUUAUUUCCAAUUUAUAUUUUUUGGUGUGAGACAACACCGCCAUGUGGCAUCUCUGUUGAAAAGUUAACCUAAAAUCAUAUUAGGCCUACUCAGGUCCUAACAAUAACAAUAUAGGCACUUUCAAGUAUUUUUAUGGGUGUGAUACACGUUUGUUUAUAACGAUGUUUAUAAACUUUAUGAUAGGUUUAACUAUAACAUAAGGGAGUGAUUUUAUAAUUUGCAUUUAAUUAGUUUUUCAUCUGUUUGGGAGAUCACAAAAUAAAUAAAAAAACACUUCAUUAAUUUCGUGGACAAAGUCUGUCAUGUUUCCAUUUAGUGACCACAAAGCAAAUAUUUGUGACAAAAUGCCAUAUUUGGAACACUGCCUAACUGCGUAUUGUGAACGGGUCCCCGGAAAAGUGUUAUGACAAAUGUUUUUUUUUUUUGGUUAGGUACUACAAGAAAGACAUUGAAGAAGUUUCAACACCAGGAAAAAAGAGGAAAAAAAGGCCACAGGAAGGAAAGUCACUUGACACAGUCGACGAUUUCACAGUAAAUGCAAUCAGGAAUGCAAUAUACAGGAUGUACGCUGAAGGUAAAAAUUUGAUACUGAAGAGUAGUUUCAAUAUCACUGGGGUAGGCCCUACUUAAUUGUAUUCAUUUCAUAUAUCCAUAUGCAGAUUGACCGGUUCAGUUUUUUUCCCCGAUAUCAUCUGUCCUUUAAAAAUACUUAACAUUUUUGGGUGGUUUGUUAGGUUUCUUUAUUGAUAUGGUAUUGAUAUAUAGAAUAUUGUGCAACAUAUGAAAUAGGUACACGUCCUUUUAAGGUUAGGUUAAAGAUAGAAAGAAAAUUGUUACAUUCUAAAACUACAAGUAAUGUUUAUAUCGUUAUACACAGUAUACAUAUUAAAUAACCUCAACUUUUAUGAUGUAUAAGAAGGUUAAAUAAUGACUAUUUCCAGUAUCAAUAAUAUCCAGUUGUGCGCUUUAGCAGUAAUUGGUUACAAAUUAGUGAGUUGUGGUCUAAGCAAGCAUGGUUAUUAAAAAAAAAUUGGGAUACUUAAUUGGCUAAAUUGUACUGUGUGGCAGGGUCCAGUACAAUAUAUAUUCUAUUGCAAAAUAGUGUCAUGCCCCGCCUAACCCUUUAGAAAAUAUAGGGGUAUUGUUAUUUUAUAAACAAUAGGCCUACUUCAUUGUAAUGAAGUAUCAUAUGAAAACACAACUUAGCCAGACAAACUGUGUGUUAGUGUAUGAAGUAACAGAAGGUUAUAAAACAGUAAAAGUUUAGUAUCGCGUAUCCGAUUCGAUACAUUGAUCCUGAUCGCAUGAUCCUGCAAAUAUUGAUCCUGUGAUUGAUGAUGCUUGCUUUUCUAAUUUAUUACGUUUAAAAAUCCUGUACAAAACCAAAACUAAAAACCUGUGAUGUAGUAAUGAGUUAUGAUUUAAAGUUGAAUAAUAAUGAAAAUAUAUGUUUUAUUAAACUUAUGAUAAUUAUUCUUGCUAUACCACAAUAUUUGAUUAUGUUCAGGAUCUUUGAUCUGAAUAAAUGAAAAAAAGCAUGCACCACACGAUCAAUAGGAUGUACAGGUUCAUGCAUAAAGAUCUAGGGAUCACAUGGGAUACACGAUACAAAACAUUUACCUAUAACACAGUGUAGAGCUUGUAACUUAUUGAUUGCUAAAUUGAAUGCUGAAAUACUAAUGUUUUACACAACUUCAAUACAAACGCGCAAUAUAAUCGUCAUAUCAUUGCAGACAAAAAUACUGCAAUGUAGAAUUCCUCUAAGCAAACUACAAAAUUUAAAUUAAUUUAAAAGUAUUUUUGAAAUGUAAGUUUAUUAAAACUAUUUAAUAAAUGUAAAUUGUGCACUUAAAUUAUCUUCUACGGGGUUGUGGUUUCGCUUAGUUUUGUGUACCUCUGUUAUUUCAUGUAUUGUUAAUGUAUGCAAUAAAUUUACAGGUUUGAAUGUUACAGUCGACACCAUUUUGAAAGAAAUCAGGGAAAGACAAAUAGAUUAUUAUGGUGGAAGAUCAAGUCUUCAUAAAUUGUUAAAGAAGAUGGGAUUUUCAUGGACAACUGUUGAUGGACGAAAAACUUUAAUAGAGAAUGAAAACAUAGUAUUGCAGCGAAUAGAUUUCUUGAGAAAGUAUAAAGAAGAAAAAGAAAGAGGUGCCAAUUUCAUAUUUGUUGAUGAAACAUGGAUUUUCCAGAGAGGCAAGGCAUUAAUUUAUUUGAAAAUUUGUUCUGUGGUCCAAUACAAAGUAUUUCAUUUCCAUUUCAUAUAUUUUUCAGGAACUGUAUAAAAGUCAUGGCAGGACAAGAGUCUACAAUCUGCGAAGAGACGUACUGUUGGAGAUGGUAAAAGGUUUAUUGUUGUUAAUGCUGGAGGGCGCACUGGCUUUGUGGCAGGAGCAGGAUUACUUUUUGUUUCAGGUCAGAAGACUGCAGACUACCAUGGCGAGAUAAAUGGGGAAACUUUCUUGAUGUGGUUUGAAGACAUGUUGGUGCAUCUUGAGGAACCCAGUGUCAUCAUAAUGGACAAUGCUUCAUAUCACAGCACCCAGGUUGAGAAAACACCUACAACGAACUGGACCAAGGAUGCACUGAUCGCGUGGCUGGAGAAGAAUGAGAUAAAACAUGAAAAUAAUUUGUUGAAAGUGGAGCUGCUGAGAAUUGCUAAACAAAACAAGCCCCGAAUACGAUGGGCGAGGUGUGUGGAUCACGUAGAGAAGCUAAUUCAAGCAGACUGGGAGAGAGAAGUCCACAUAGACAGCGGCACCAUUCCUCCACUCAUCAUCCACCUCGGCGAGGAUAGUUCAAGUGAAGACAGUGACAGCGAAGAAUUUGAGGUUACGACACAGCAAGUAGAUGGAGACAGUGAAGUACUGGCAGUUCCUCUUGAUGAUUUACCCGGGUGUUCUUAUUGAGGUCUGUAUGUAAUAAACACCUGGGCAACUGUAAGUAUUAGGGUUUGAAACAUUUUUUUUUUCUUUUAUGCAUUCCCAUUAAGUAUGUUGAUUACUGGAACUUUAUGUAUUAACUUUAUAUUACACAUAUUAUGAAAUUAAUAAUAAAUUUCAUUUCUGGAUUCGUAUAGGUGUAUGUGAAACAUUUUAUUUUGUUGUGUGUCUUCAUUUUUCAGUGAACUUACUUGGAAAACAAAAAGCCAGUCCCCAUCCAGGGCCACAAAUAAAUAAUGCAUAUAAGUGGUAUAGAAAUUACUGUCAAUUCUUUACCACAAUUUUACUGUUCAUAAAAUUAUGAUUUUGUCUAAUAAGUAUACUCAGGAAAAUGUAUACAACCAUAUUUUUAUUUGUGGCCUUAACCGGCAAAAUGGUAGGGGUUUAUUAAAUAAAAGAAGAAAAUUCAUUUUUAAAUGUUUUCAUCUGAAUUUGUUAAUUUUAUUAAACCUUCAAUCCUUAGUCUUUUCCAGAUUGCUUAGAUGGACAGCCAUAUGUAUAAUUUACAAUACUUUUUUUUUCAGAUGCAGAAAACUGUGUUGAACUGUACUAAAGGAUGAUAUUUAUUGCUUACAUAAAUGUU